UGCCGCCUGCGGGGAGGGCGGUUGCGUGGCCCGAAGGUCCAGGACGGGCAUUCGGGGAGGUGGGGGGGCCGUUUUAGCCGUGUGCCCCCUUCUCUUGUACGAGCGCGGGCGCGCCUCGAACUCCCGGGACCGCCCAGGCUGGGCGCGGGGCGCCGCUCCCGAGACCUGGAGGAGUCCGCUCCUCCCGCGUAGCCCUGGACCGUGGAGCCCAUUUCUUGCGGCUCCUCGGGCGCGCGGAGUUUGCGGCGUACCUGCGGAGAUCGUACCUGCGGAGAUCGCACCUGCGGAGGGCUUACCUGCGCCUGAGGAGGAGGAAGGGCAAGAUCCAGCCUGAGGGACCCGCGCUCCAGCCUCUCUGCAUAAGGGCGGCCCCCGGGUGGGGCGAAGCUCCCCCGUCUUUACUCUCGUCCCGACCCCAGCGUGGGCCACCAGCUACAAGAUGAACUGUCGCUCGGAGGUGCUGGAGGUGUCGGUGGAGGGGCGGCAGGUGGAGGAGGCCAUGCUGGCCGUGCUGCACACGGUGCUCCUGCACCGCAGCACCGGCAAGUUCCACUACAAGAAGGAGGGCACCUACUCCAUCGGCACCGUGGGCACCCAGGACGUUGACUGCGACUUCAUCGACUUCACCUACGUGCGCGUCUCGUCUGAGGAGUUGGACCGCGCCCUGCGCAAGGUCGUCGGGGAGUUCAGGGAUGCUCUGCGAAACUCCGGGGGCGAUGGGCUGGGCCAGAUGUCCUUGGAGUUCUAUCAGAAGAAGAAGUCUCGCUGGCCUUUCUCAGACGAGUGCAUCCCCUGGGAGGUGUGGACGGUCAAGGUGCACGUGGUGGCCCUGGCCACGGAGCAGGAACGGCAGAUCUGCCGGGAGAAGGUGGGUGAGAAGCUCUGCGAGAAGAUCACCAACAUUGUAGAGGUGAUGAACCGGCACGAGUACCUGCCCAAGAUGCCCACGCAGUCGGAGGUGGACAACGUGUUUGACACAGGCUUGCGGGACGUGCAGCCCUACCUCUACAAGAUCUCCUUCCAAAUCACCGAUGCCCUGGGCUCCUCCGUCACCACCACCAUGCGCAGGCUCAUCAAAGACACCCUGGCCCUCUAGGUGUCGCUGGGGCCUCGGGCGCUCCUUGAUGGCUUGCGGACCUUGGCUUCUGGGGAUCGUACUGUUAGGCCCUGUUAGCCCUUGGGGCUCUGGAACCCGCUCCAGGUCCCUGAUGAGAUCUGGAAGGGCCACCCCUGGCUUCCUGGUGUGUGGUUGCCAGUCUCUGGUCAUCCUUGUCACCUUUACUGAUGGUCAAGUCCGGCCUACACUGUCUCUCCGCACCCCUGGUGGGGGUCCCCUUUCCUACGCUGUACAGAGGACAUCACUAGGAUGGUGAAUAAAGUUGAGAAUGUGA